UCAAUGAAGCUGCUUGUGAGGGAGUGGGUCGCUGUUGUUGCGGUGCCUGACUGCCUCACCUUCCCCCAUCCGCGAGACCAGUGCACAACUGUGUACAUCAUUUUAGCGUAAUGGCAAAUGAAUCUUUUGGAAAUGAGGGAGGUACCGGUUCGAGAAACUCAAAUUUCACAUCAUCUGUGGAUCUCAGCACGUCCUUAGAUUCAAGUGUUCAGACUCGAAUAUUUAAAAUAAUUGUAAUCGGGGAUUCAAAUGUAGGGAAGACCUGCUUAACCUUCCGCUUCACCGGAGGAAGCUUUCCCGAGAAGACGGAGGCGACAAUCGGUGUGGAUUUCAGGGAGAAAGCAGUGGAAAUAGAGGGCGAAAAAAUAAAGGUUCAGGUGUGGGACACUGCAGGACAGGAGCGCUUCAGAAAGAGCAUGGUAGAACACUACUACCGCAAUGUGCACGCUGUCGUUUUCGUUUACGAUGUCACUAAGAUGAACUCAUUCCAGAACCUGAAGACGUGGAUCCAGGAGUGCAACGGGCACCGUGUCUCACCCACUGUGCCUCGGGUACUGGUGGGUAACAAGUGUGACCUGGUUAGUCAUAUCCAAGUACCCUCCAACACUGCCCUCAAGUUUGCAGAUGCCCACAACAUGCUGCUGUUUGAGACCUCGGCGAAGGACCCCAAGGAGAGCCAAAAUGUGGACUCCAUUUUCAUGUGCCUGGCAUGUCGGCUGAAAGCCCAGAAGUCCCUGCUGUACAGGGAUGUUGAGAGGGAGGAUGGAAGGGUUAGGCUUUCACAAGAGACAGAUGUUAAUAAGAGUAACUGCCCUUGUUGAGGCUCCUCCACUCUGCAAUGAUUCCUUAUCUCCUUUUAAUACUGCUGUGACUUGAAUUGAACAAUUUAACAUAAACAACAAAAGGCGAAGAUACUGUUCUAAUGUUAACAUUUCUUGAAAGAAUGUGCCUGCAGUUAUUUCAGUUUUUCUUCUUAAAAAUUAGAAUAGUGUUUUGCUGUCUGUCUGUCUGUCUGUCUGUCUGUAUGUCUGUCUGUCUGACCCUCUUGUUUUACUCUCUUUCUUUGAUAUGUUAUCAUUAUCACAUUCUGUAAUAAUGGCCUUAAGUCAAGAGAGGUCAUCCUGUGGUGUUUGUAAAGUAUGUUAAUUUAUUUUGUAUUUGAGUUGUACAUGUAUGUACAUGUCUGCUGUCGGUAUUAUCAUGUAUGUACAUGUCUGCUGUCGGUAUUAUUGUUUCAUGCAAUAUACUUGUGUGUAACAUGAUUGUCACAAUCUCACAAAGGGACUUUCAUAAAGACUAUUUGGGCUUCACACUGACGUACUGUAUAUGUGCUGCAAUCGUUUUACAUUUGUUGAGUAUAUUGUUUGUUUUUUAACUAUAUUUUAAGACAUAUCCACUAAUAAUCCUUCAGAUUGAAUUGUCAUAACCAUAAUGCAGAUAACGAUGCUAGUUAGCCCAAUACCCUUCCCCCAUCCCAACAGGGUUUUCUGGCUUCAGGUCUGCUAUUUCAGCUCUCUGUUUUCUCUCCAUUCAUCAUCAUAUUUCUGAUCGUCAUCAAAACAUCCAAUUUGUGACCGUUUCCUGUCUUUGCCUCAAAAUUAAAUAUUCAACAAAUA